AUGGGGUUUUUCAAAGCCAGUGCCUACAAGGCAGAGGUGAGUCAUGCUGCGAGCUGCUGGUGUUCACAAAAUCAGUGUAGAAGCAGUAAAUUUGAGUUUCUAACUUUGUUUGCAGCCAGUGCCUAUAAGGCAGAGCCAGUGCCUACAAGGCAGAGGCGAGUCAUGCUGCAAGCUACUGGUGUUCACAUAAUCAGUGUAGAAGCACCAGUGCCAACAAGGCAGAGGCGAGUCAUGCUGCGAGCUGCUGGUGUUCACAAAAUCAGUGUAGAAGCACCAGUGCCAACAAGGCAGAGGCGAGUCAUGCUGCGAGCUGCUGGUGUUCACAAAAUCAGUGUAGAAGCACCAGUGCCUACAAGGCAGAGGCGAGUCAUGCUGCGAGCUACUGGUGUUCACAUAAUCAGUGUAGAAGCACCAGUGCCUACAAGGCAGAGGCGAGUCAUGCUGCAAGCUACUGGUGUUCACAUAAUCAGUGUAGAAGCACCAGUGCCUACAAGGCAGAGGCGAGUCAUGCUGCGAGCUGCUGGUGUUCACAAAAUCAGUGUAGAAGCACCAGUGCCUAUAAGGCAGAGGCGAGUCAUGCUGCAAGCUACUGGUGUUCACAUAAUCAGUGUAGAAGCAUCAGUGCCUACAAGGCAGAGGCGAGUCAUGCUGCGAGCUGCUGGUGUUCACAUAAUCAGUGUAGAAGCACCAGUGCCUACAAGGCAGAGGCGAGUCAUGCUGCGAGCUACUGGUGUUCACAUAAUCAGUGUAGAAGCACCAGUUCCUACAAGGCAGAGACUUUGUUUGCAGCCAGUGCCAACAAGGCAGAGGCGAGCCAUGCUACGAGCUGCUGGUGUUCACAAAAUCGACUCAGUGGAGAAAGAUGAAUGCAGAGAUAUAAGGACAUCUCGGGAGUUUUGUGGCUGUGCGUGCAAGGGUUACUGUGAUCCGGACACAUGUGCCUGUUCCCUUGCUGGGAUCAAAUGUCAGGUGGACCGGUUGAACUUUCCCUGUGGAUGUACACGGGAUGGAUGCGGCAAUUCUAGUGGCCGUAUCGAGUUCAACCCUGUGCGAGUAAGGACACAUUUCAUUCACACUCUGAUGCGGCUUGACCUGGAGAAGAAGCAGGCUCAAGAAGAAGAGGAAGCUGCACAGCGCCGUCAAGUAAACCUCAGUUUGAGGGACAGUGCAGAGGCUUGUGCCCACUCAGGGAAUUUCCCAGAGUUCCCUUACCGUGACAGUUUGUACAGUUACGACGGUUACGACUCGCAGAACUCAACUUUCAGCUACGGUUACAGUGGCUACAUGCCGACAUACGAGCACACAGAUGUGUCUGACUUCGUCUCUCCCGGGCUGGAAUUUCAGCACUCGUCGUAUCAAUCGUUCUCGUCUUCGGUGGACAACAAUCACUACACAAACAAUGAAACAAAACUGGAGUCGUUUUCGGAACUACUGCAAGGUCGUUACACAGACGGAGACCCCGAGUUGCCUAAUGCAACAGAGUCGAAUAGUCGCAGUCAGGAGAAGCCAAGUCAGAGCACAGAUGAGUGUCAGAGUGAGAACUUUGGGGAGAUUAUUAAGAAAACCAUGGUAGAGAGUGUAACAGGUUAAAUACGUCGUGUACAUAAUUAUAACUUGUACAAAAUAUCAAUAACCAGACCAUUAUGAUAAUUGAUUUUAAUUCAGUUAAGCCAAUAUUAUUUUGUGUAAAAAGAUUUAUAUAUUUGUAUAUAAACCCUAUUUUUAUGUUUACUUACCACUAGGAUUGUUUUUUUAAUCUUUUGAUUUUCCAGGAUUGAAAGUUUAAGUUUUAAAUCAUGUUUGAUCUCAGGAGUAUACUCGCCGAAACUUUUUAACUGUUUUCAAAAUUAAGAACUUAUAUUUGGGUCUUUAUUAUACACGAUUUAACAUUUUUCAUGCCAUAAAUUUACAUUUUUAUUGCAUUUCCAACUAUUUUGUAUCAUAAAUAUUAUGUAAAAAUUAUAACUGUAGCAAUGUAAUAUUUCUGUUGAUUAAAUCUAUUAGAAUCAAA